CUUAAUUUCUGCUGCUUGAAUUCCUCAGGGCAUCAAUCACCAUGGUGUUGGGUGUUCAGCAAGUCGUAGGAUACCUUGCCCUGUGGGCACUUUGCGCCCUGAGCAAACCCACAGAGAAGAAGGACCGCGUCCACCACGAUCCUCAGCUGAGUGACAAGGUCCACGAUGAUGCCCAGAACUUUGAUUAUGACCAUGAUGCCUUCCUGGGGGCUGAUGAGGCCAAGACCUUUGACCAGCUGACUCCAGAAGAGAGCAAAGAGAGAUUGGGAAUGAUUGUAGCUAAAAUAGACACGGAUAAGGAUGGGUUUGUGACCGAGGGGGAGCUGAAGGACUGGAUUAAGAAGGCGCAGAAGAAGUACGUGUUUGACAAUGUAGCGCGCCAGUGGCAGGAGUAUGACAUGAAUCAAGAUGGCUUGAUCUCCUGGGAUGAGUACAGGAACGUGACCUAUGACACUUACCUGGAUGAUCCGGACCCGGACGACGGCUUCAAUUACAAACAGAUGAUGGUGCGGGAUGAGCGGAGGUUCAAAAUGGCCGAUAAGGACGGGGACCUGAUUGCAACCAAGGAGGAAUUCACGGCUUUCUUGCACCCUGAAGAAUACGAGUACAUGAAAGACAUCGUCGUCAGGAAGGCCCGGGCCAAACUCUUUCAGAAUUCAGAGGCUCCUUGGGCUUCCUCCACAGGUGACAUGUAUAGCCACGACGGGGACACAGAAGAACCCGAGUGGGUGAAGACGGAGCGAGAACAGUUUCUGGAGUUCCGGGACAAGAACCACGAUGGGAAGAUGGACACAGAGGAAACCAAAGACUGGAUUCUCCCCUCCGACUACGACCACGCUGAGGCCGAAGCUCGGCACCUGGUUUACGAGUCGGAUCAGGACAAGGACGGCAAACUCACCAAAGAAGAAAUCGUGGACAAGUACGACUUGUUUGUGGGCAGCCAGGCAACGGACUUUGGCGAAGCCUUAGUACGGCACGACGAAUUCUAAGCCGGGGAGCCCUCUUUGUUAAGGAAAAAGAGGGGGAAAGCUGUUGUUUUUACUGUUCCAGGAGUAACACAAGAAAUACUCACUAUCAAGACUCAAUUUCAGCCAACAAUGGGGGGGGGGAACGUACCACCACCCCCACCACCCCCCAUUGGUCCCAUCCUUCCUGCUUUUCUUUCUCCCCUAGAGGUCAGUAUUCUGAAAAGUAGCUUUCGGUUGAAACCCCAGGGUUUGCUUUUUUAAAUAGACUUGCAUGUUCUUUUAUGUCUAACAAGUUCAGUUUAUUUUUGUAUUAUUUUUGUUCCGUGUGAAAUGAAGAAUGCAUAUCCUGAAGCGCUGGGCCUAUCGGGACUGCCCUCUCCCCACUUUUUAACGGCGUGUUGAGCUACAGAGUUAA